UAUUUCUCUCUGUUUCUUUUUUAUUUUUUUGAAAUCCUCUCUCUGUUGUGUAUAUAUCAUGGUUGUUUUGCUGCGGUCAGCAAUGUUUGAUUCGUGAAUGUAAUUUGUAAGAAAUGGCAAUUACGUGAUGAAUUUGGAAUUAUGGUUGAAGGAUCCAUUCAGACUCAGGCAGCUGGCAUACUGAAAGGAUUUCAUGGCAGGCAGUGGCCUGCCGUCUUUGGGUCGUGUGAAGCUCACUGAUCUAGUACCCUCUGAAGGGCUUGCUUCUGAUUCUUAUAAAUUAUCAGUCUCGACUUUGUCACAGUCACUAGCUCAAUAUUCUGCUGCCAUCAUCCAGUUUCCUGCAAGUGAUGGGGCUCUUUUAAGAUCUGGAUUGGAUUCUGCUCGCCUAUACUAUCACCAAAGAGCAUCAUGCCCAGCUACGGAUAUGAUGCAUACCAAUGACUCUCGUGAGUGGUGCAAGACGUCCGGAUAUUAUGCAGAUCCUCAGCUGUGGCUAGAAACUUAUGAUUACAGGCCAGGCCUGACUCCUAAUGAGCCCAACAGUGUAAUGGAGUUCCCUCCAGCUGGUUUGCCAGACAUAUUUGCUCUGCUUGGAAAGGCAGCUCGGGACAUUCUGGAUGCCAUCAGCUUCUAUUUGAACUUGCGCAGCUCUCCAUUUACUGAGAUACUAGAUAAUGUUCCCCUGAGAGAUCGGGAAAUUUCAUCUUCGGUAUUGUCUGUUUGCUGUCAUGCGAGGACAUCAUUUCAGGGAGCACAACACCAUAAUUUAGCAACCCAAGAGGAUGGCCAGUUGGUUAUGUAUCCUGACCACGAUCACCAAGUUGAUAAAAGCUUGAUAUCUCUUGUUAAGUCAGAUAAGGCAGGUUUACAUAUAAGAGAUAUUCAUGGCCGAUGGAUGGUAGUGGAUGAAGAUCUUGGUCCUCAAGAAGCCAUUGUUUAUCCUGGGCUUGCACUGUAUCAGGCAACAGCAGGGUAUGUCAACCCUGCGUUGCACAGAACAGAGAUUAAUAGUCCCCAGGGAAACAUGUAUGGACGAUGUUCUUUGGCUUUCAAACUCAUGCCCAGAUCCAUGACCAGUCUCAGUUGCUCACAGAUGAGAGCAGCUGGUCACGGGGUUGAAGCUCAGUUCCAGCUUGCAGUAUCGGUGGAUGACUUCAUGCAGAGAUCCCACCCAACUGAUCAGCUCUUUAACAGGCAGAAUAUCCAGUGUUUCAAUUUUCCUACAGCCCAAGAUGGAUCUAUGAAGCCCUUGAUGAGGAGGAGGAAGAAUGAUUCAAGAAGCAAACCUUUGCCACCUUCCAAGAGGUUACGGCUUGAGGCUCAGAGAGUUUUGAAGGAGAGGGUUCAGGAUAUUGCUGAUAAGAAGGGGAUCAAGCUGAGGUUUUGUAACCUGAAGGAAUGUGAAAGUCAUGUUCACACGCUAGAUAGCCCAUGUGCCAAUAUAAGAAUGGAGAUUGGGUGGCCACCUGGAGUACCAUUUGUUCAUCCCCAUGAUCUACCUAAUAAGGCAAAGAUUGGAUUCCUUGAAGCAUAUGAACCUGGUUGGACAGCUACUCAUGAUAUGGAGUUAAGUCUAACUGAACCUGGACAGGCCAGUCAACGCUCGGCUAAUUGUAACUGAGAAUUACAUCAUCUACAUCUUGAAUGUUGAAUCCUGUGAACGCAUAUCUUCAGUAUUACUCUUGAAUGGCCUGGAGUUGGGUGCAUAUGAGAGUCUGUGCUCUAAGAGAGAAAUGAGGUUUCCCUCCAGAUCUUUAUUAAAACAUAGCUUUAUCCAAGUUUCAUUACAAAAUUUUUGUAACAGUCACCUAACUAGCUUCAUAUGUUACACCCUGGAACAUAACUGUUGUUGUUUUUGAAACUUUUUGUUUUUGUUUCUAUAUUGUGGUUGAUCUCAUUGGUUCUCCCUUGGUUGCAAUUAACAAAAAAUGGUGUACAAAUUCUUGUGUGCAGGAAUCAAUGUCCAUAGUUUCAAAUUUGUGGCCACCCUUGAUCAGCUUGUGAGUAGAUGGUUUGCAGGAACUGUUUCCUAGUUGAACUUGCCCGUGACUGGUUUGCUUGAAUCCUAUACCAUUCCGUCCUGGGUUGUGUUGCUGCUUCUCAUUGCAAGUUUAACUCAGGACGAGGCGUCAUCCACAAGACGGUGAUAGAUAUCUGUAAAUAUGUAAUUUUUAGGAGAGCUUGGCGUUGUUAUGAAGGACCAAUCUCAAGAGAGACUGCCCAAUUUAUGAUGGAAAACGUCUACGACUGAUUUGUGGAAAAGGAAUGAAUAAGGAGAGAAAAUGUGGCGGAUUUGUUUUCAUUUGGAAAGCAACCAUCAUUGUAUUUUCAUCCAACUCAAGGUGAGAACGUUGGAUGGAGAGCUAGUAGCAAUGUUGACCGUUGGUAAUCUUUGUACAUUGUGCUUAAACCUAGGAUUCCUCACAAUCUUAUUCUUCUUUUCCCAGUUACUUAGAAAAAGAAUCAUAACUUCUUCAUUUAUUUAUAGAAGACAUAUUAUGCA